AUAUGUAGAAACAAAAAACUACAACUCCCAGAGGGCCACGGGCUCCGGGGAGUUUCUGGUUUCCGUCUAGUGAAGAGUCUGAUGUUUCUGAAGGAUCACCUUGACUGGCCAUCAAGUUCAACACUGCCCAGUCUUUGGUUCAGCUGGUGAUGAAAUGGGGACCAGCCAGUCGGUGUGCUUUCCGCCUGUUUCAGGACCCCACCUCGUAGGCUGCGGGGAUGUGAUGGAGGGGCAGAGUGUCCAGGGCAGUUUCUUCCGGCUCUUCUACCCCUGCCAAGCAGCAGAAGGGACCUCGGAGCAGCCCCUGUGGAUCCCCCGCUAUGAGUACUGCGUGGGCCUGGCUGACUACCUGCAGUUUAACAAGCGCUGGGCAGGGCUGCUAUUAAACCUGGCUGUGGGAUCUUGUCGCCUGCCUGCCAGCUGGAACGGGCCCUUGAAGACAACGGACUCUGGAUACCCCUUGAUCAUCUUCUCCCAUGGCCUAGGAGGCUUCAGGACAUUGUACUCUGCCUUCUGUAUGGAGUUGGCCUCCCGUGGCUUUGUGGUGGCUCUGCCAGAGCACAGGGACCAGUCAGCUGCCAUCACUUACUUCUGCAAGCAGCCCUCAGAGGAAAGCCAUCCCACCAAGGAGACACUGGAGGAGGAAUGGAUCCCCCACCGUCGAAUUAAAGAAGGGGAGAAAAAUUUCCAUGUUCGGAAUCCCCAGGUGCACCAGCGGGCCCGAGAGUGUGUGCGGGUGCUGAGGAUCCUGGAGGAGGUCAACGCUGGAAAGACCGUCCUCAAUGUCUUGCCUGAUGGACUGGAUUUGAUGACCUUGAAGGGCAGCAUUGACAUGAGUCGUGUGGCUGUGAUGGGACAUUCAUUUGGAGGAUCCACAGCUAUUCUGGCUUUGGCUCAGGAGGCCCAGUUUCGGUGUGCUGUGGCCCUGGAUGCUUGGAUGUUUCCUCUGGAACAUGACUUUUACCCCAAGGCCCGGGGCCCUGUGUUCUUUAUCAACACUGAGAAAUUCCAGACAGCUGAGAGCAUCAACUUGAUGAAGAAACUAUGUGCCCAGCAUGAACAGUCCCGGACUGUGACUGUCCUGGGUUCUGUUCAUCGGAGUCAGACUGACUUUGCUUUUGUGACCGGUCACUUGGUUGGUAAAUUCUUUUCCUCUUUCAAUCGUGGAACCUUGGACCCCUAUGAAGGUCAGAAGAUUAUGGUACAGGGCAUGUUGGCCUUCCUGCAGAAGCACCUUGACCUGAAGGAGGACUACGAUCAGUGGGACAGCUUCAUUGAAGGCAUCGGACCCUCGCUCAUUCCAGGCGGCCCACACCAUCUAUCUAGUCUGUAGGCACAACUGGCCAUGUGCAGGUCACUUGAGCUGAGUUUCUAUGGGGAGGGGCAGGGGCACUCAUAACCUGUUAAUGGUUAUGAUGGUCAGCAUGACCUGUUUUCGCAGAUUGAGAAGAUGUAACCACACUGCUGAUUGGAUAACUUAAGUACUUGGUCUUGAACUUAAAGUUACCUUGGAACGUGGA